AUGCGGGUGAUACAGCCGAGACAGAAGGUGGUGGUGCGCUUGGCGCUGGUGCUGGUGCUCAUCGUGACAGGCACCGUGGUGCUUCGCCAGUGGAGCGCAGGUGACAGCGACGACCGCGUACAGGAUGGCUUGAGACACGGCAGCGCGUUCCGCCCAGUGUCUGUUGGCGGCACAGCGACACCAACAACGUGGUCAAGCGACAAAACG